AUGAACCGCACUCCCGAUAUCGUCAAUCGCGCCAAUGCGAUCGAAAAGGAACUCAAGGCGCGCGCAGAAAGCCUCUCCUCUGCCCAGGAGUCGUAUGAACUGGACCUCGCCACCCAGGGCUUGGAGGACGAACCAGCACCCGACGAAGGAAUGCCUCCGCCACCCUACUCUGCAUCGUCGUCGCCCCGCGAUCCCCCUCCAUACCGACGGGCUCCACGACUUCCUACGCCUUCAGCCCCCUCCUCAGCGGUGCCAGCGUCGGCGUCGACAUCGCCCGCACAUGUUCGUCUCUCUGCCGCGUCCUCGCCUCCACGACCACGUACGGGGGGCCUGCCCCUCCAGCCCGAUGCCCCCGCUCUUGCACGAACGCCUUCACUCAGGCCGACUGCUGCGCCUUCAUCGUCCUCAAUGUUGCGGCAAGACUCGCCACCGAAACCCACGAUACCCAUUGGCCAAUGUCUUUCUGUGGAGCAGUUAUGGACGUACAUGUAUCCGGGCUUUGACCGGACGACCGACGAUUCGGGCCAAGAGUUUCUCGUGAAGCGCGUCGGCCUGUCUAUUCUCCUAGUCGAUGUGCGCCCUCGUAUAGAGCACGAGACAGGCUUCCUGCGUGGUGCAGACACAGUGUGCAUUGAUCCUAAGCUGCUUCUGGCGCCACCUGUGUCUGCGGCUGAGUUGCAAGCAUCCCUGCCGCCGAAUGAAGCUGCUUUCUUCGCGCGCCGUGCCGAGUACGACAUGCUUGUAUUGUACGAUCAAAAGACACGCUCUUUCGGCUCACAGGGCAACGCCACGCCUGAGCAGGAGCGGCUCGAGACGGUCGUUCAGGCCAUCGAGUCUGAUGUUCUAUACUCCCCGUGCCUUCUACGGGGCGGCUUUGACUCAUGGUUCCGCCAGGUCGGCGAAUGUGGAAUUAUCUCUCUUAAUGGCAUGCGACCAUCGUCGUCUUCUUCCUCGUCCUUUGCGACAGGUGCGAAUGCUCCGCUGUUGUCACACCCAAGACGCUCAGCACCUGCGACGCACGCGCGGACCUCCCGACUUACCCCGCCCAGCAUGCCGCCACGCACGUAUCAGCAACACCAGCCCAUGGCGCCGACUCUCUCGUCGUCGUCUUCGUCUUCGUUGUCGUCGUCCCCUUCUUCUUCUAUCCCAUCUCUAUCACCAUCAAGCUCUCAGCUCAAUGCACGCUUCGAGUACCCAAAAGUAGGCGCUUUCUCCUCCUCCCUGUCUUCUGUCGCACCGAUGCCGCCAGCGCCCGCGAUGCCAGCGCCCAUGCCAGCCUCUCUCAUUGCCGGGCCUGUUAGAGAUGUCAUGGCCGCGCCGAGCUUUCCAAAGCCGCGCGACAUCCGCAUUGGCCUCACCGGACUCCGGAACUUUGGACAGACAUGCUACAUGAAUGCGACUAUUCAGUGUUUGAGCGCAUCGGUUCUCCUUGCACAAUACCUGCUAGACGGCACGUACAAGCGCGCUAUCAAUACACAGAAUCCCCUCGGUACGAGGGGCGCUUUAGCCAAUGCAUUUGCCUCGCUUCUGCGUGCGCUGUGGUCUGAGCAGUCUGUGUCAGUGGCACCGACGGCGUUCCGUGAGGCGAUCGGACAGUUUGCGCCUGCAUUUCGAGGAAAUGAGCAACAGGACAGCCAAGAAUUCCUCAUGUUCCUGCUAGAUGGGCUGCAUGAGGACCUGAAUCUCGUGGUGCAGCGACCGCCGGCUCUUGAGCUCGGUGAGGCACAGCAGGCAGAGCUGAGUCGGCUUCCUCAGCAGCUUGCUAGCGUCGCAGAAUGGAGCCUGUAUCGGCGGCGCAAUGACAGCAUCGUCGUCGACACCUUCCAGGGUCAGCUCCGGAACCAGCUCACGUGUCUAACAUGUGGGCAUACAUCUAUUACCUACAAUGCAUUUAUGUCCCUCUCGCUGCCGGUGCCGACAGGCCGUGGCGUCUCGCGCGCAUCGCUGUACCAAUGCAUGGAUGCGUUUGUGCGCGAAGAAGUCCUUGAAAAGGGCAACGCAUGGCACUGCCCAAAAUGCAAAAAGCCUCGCCGCUCGACGAAGCGAUUGAGCCUCGCUCGUCUUCCGCCUGUCCUGAUCAUCCAUCUCAAACGCUUCACGUUCCGUGGACCUGCCUCCAACAAAAUCGAAACGCCCGUUGUAUUCGCCACUGACGCACUGGAUUUGUCAAACUUCAUGCCGCCGCCACUUCCUCCAGGUACAUCUGUGCGUGGCAUUCCCAUCAGCGAGAGUCAGCGUCCACCAUACUUGUAUGAUUUGUUUGCCGUGACGCACCACUUUGGCACGCUGCACUCGGGGCACUAUACGGCUUCUGUACGCACACAAGGCAUUUGGUACUAUUGCGACGACAGCCGCAUUACGCCGAGUGAUGCACAGAUUCAGACAUCGUCCCCGUAUGUACUGUUUUUCAGCCGCCGCCCUCCAUAG